AUGACCUCGCCGUGCCCAGAAGCCUGCAUUCCAUGCAAGCGUCGCAUAUACGACGCAGACGACAGCGCCAAAUUGACCUCCGAUGGAGUCGAGCCUGAGAAGAACGAUUCCGGAGCCGAAUCACCGCCUAACAGCGCUGUUGUGCAAGUUCAGGAGGAUACGGACUUGUUAUCUGAAACUCCACCCAAAAAAGCCAGAUACAUGGAUGGUCGGGAUGUUGAAGAGCCAAUGGAGGCUCCGUGGAAAGCGGAGCGCGUCGCGGGUGGGAUGGGUAACCACGGAAGUGAAAGCCUACUCGCUCUGUUGUUCUCUCUCAGCCCGGAAAAGUCCCCGCUGCGCGACGCUGCGCCCGUGUCAAUUGAAAUCAAUUUACUCGAAGGCUGCUCCGGAGCUACAACUACAAGGCACCUUUUCUCAAUGCCAGCUGCGUUGCCCACGCAACCCGUCGAACAGCACGGGCACGGGACUCGAGUUGAAAAUGAUUGUACGUACGCUCAGUACGAUAGCAAGCAGACCGUCCAGGCAGCGCAUACUGUCGCGCACAUAUCCUCAUCACAAACGAUGCCAGACAUCUCCACCCCGCCGCCAGUCAGCAUCCGCACCCCGUUCCUCGUCGCCCCUCUGGCUCAGUCAUUGCACAAAGCAAAUCGACUGCCGAUAGCCAUGCCGGCAUUCAACUCUGCCGAGUAUACCGAAUUUAUCAAAUGCGUCAGCAGGGUUGCCCAGCUGAGAGACGGCGCCAAGUCUGUAAAUGCUAACGAGUCGAACAAAUUGACCGGAGAUGGCUUCAAUGGACAGGAGAAUCGUCCACCACGGCGUUCAUCGUGCGGAAGCGUGCAAGGACAGAACCAACCGGCAGGAUCUAUCCAGGCAACAAACCCAGGCGCAUACUAUCCAUCCUCUCACUAUGCGUCAGCUGUACAGUCCCAACUCGUGAUGCCGCACAUGGCUGAGGUCCAGUUGGGGAGUAUCAGACAGCAUCUGGGGUACGAUGAACUGCCUUCUGUUGGACAUGCAGCUCCGCAACGAACGAGGCUUGAACAGCUAUUGUCGGCGAGCGAGCGAGCCUUGCCGAUGGCUGUCAUCUCGGACGGGCCACAGCCGACAGCCAUAUUCUCCAAGUUCCAAGCAGUUGCACAAAACGGUCCUCUCUAUGUGUCCUUUACACCUGAACCGCAUGUCUCUCCUGCAGGAGCCUUUGCCGACCGCGCUCCCACUGCUGCACAGUUCGGCGCAUUGUUAGGUCGUUGUGCAGCGUCGGACCACGAGGCGCUCGUACAAUUGAAACACCUAGCCAAAAACAAUGAAGGUCUCGAGAGAAUCAACAGCCUCGCUGUGCAAGUCGUCGAGGACGCUUGGGCUGCAUUCAAUGAUAGUGUGAAGGAGCGAAACGAUCAGCUCCUGCAAGCUGAACUGUUCGCUGGGUGGCUCAAUGUCCACCGAGACCUCCUGCGUAUGCUAGAAGGCCUGCACAAGUUAAAACAUCUCGUCGCGCAUAAGCGGGUCUACGGCAUGGGCAGGAUCGCGCAUGCGAUGGCCUCCUCCAUGAUCGACAGGUACACCCGUCAAGUCUCCUUGUACCUGUCCAGCGACCCUGUGGGUCAGCUAAGCCCGAGCCUGCCCGCUAUCCGGCCAACUACGUCCUCCGUGUCGGACCUCGCGCGCCAGCAAGCCGCCCGCGAGAGCAUCGUGGAGGUGCUCGGCCUGUUCGACAGCGUCCUCGCGUCGAGUGUCACGCGUUAUCGGCGCGAAUGCAAGAGCGCAAUGCAAGGGGAGAAGAUGCGUGAGCGCGAAGCGGUGCUGGGACGCGGGCUAGAUGCGCUUGUAGCUCACCUGAGAUUUGCGGACGUGCGGGAUGGCUCGAUGUUGUUCGUCGACAGUCGGCGCGCCAUGCUGGACUGGGCGAACAGUACGGGGUCACACAGUCAGAACAGCGGUGCCAUCGUAAUAAACGAGAACAGCAAUUGA